AUGGCGGCCCGGAGGCUGGUCGUGGCGGCGGUGGCGGUGGCGUUACUCUCCCUAGUCCUCAACAACGUGGCGGCCUUCACGCCCAGCUGGGUGCUGCAGAGGCUGGAGGACGGACGCAAGCGGAGCGUGGGGCUCUGGAAGAUGUGCCCCGGCGGAGGGGAGAGGGUGCGGGACGAGCCCCAGGCCGGGAGGGGGGGCCAGGGGCCACAGAGGCAGUGUGAGGGCCUUGGAUGGGGCUCGGAGCUAGCAGGAUACCAGGAGUCCCGCAGCACCGUAAAACUGCAGUUUGACAUGAUGCGGGCCUGUAACCUGAUGGCCACGGUGGCGCUGACGGCGGGCCAGCUGGUCUACCUGCUUGGGCUGCUGGAACUACCCUUCAUCAGCCAGGACUCCCAGUGGUGGGAGGAGGCCAUCGCUGCACUCUUCCAGCUCGCCAGCUUCGUGCUGGUCAUCGGCCUGGUGACGUUCUACCGCAUCGGGCCGUACACACACCUGUCCUACUCCUGCUACCUGGACAUCGCCGCCUGUCUGCUCACCACUCUAGCUGCCGCCAUGCUCAUCUGGAACAUUCUGCAUCGCCGUGACGACUGCAUGGCGCCAAGGGUCAUCGUCAUCAGCCAGAGUUUGGCAGCACCCUUCCACCCCCGACUGGACAACGACUAUGUUGAGUCGCCCUGCUGAGCGGAACAAGCCCCGCCCCCUUGGGGAUCGGCCAUGUUUAAUGGCCCAUGGAGCCGUGGCUCCUAGAACAGCACUGCCGGCAGACGGCCCAGUCCACAUAUAGCACAUACAGUGUAGAGCUCUGCUCCUUCAGGGUUCACUAACUCUUUCUUCAGGUUCAUGAGGAGAUUUUCCAGUGGCACAUGAAAAGAAGCAAUGCAAUCCCAGCUGAUUUGAAUUCUUCAGUUCAGUGAGAAACAAAAUCAGACCAACCAGUAGGAAUAAUCGGAUUAGAAUUGGAGAUCACUCUGUU